GGGUCUUUUUGUGUAAAAGGGAAAUCACAGGACUCACAUGCUUCAGAGCAGAGAAAGUGAGUGAUCAGAGGGUUGUUCGCAGGAAAGGAGACAGACAGUAGUCAUCUCGACUGGGAUAAGGACUUAAGAAGUGGACAGCUGUGACCCGACCCGACCUAAACAUGGAGAAUGGCAGGCAUGAGGAAAAGACAGAGGAUGUGUCUGAAGAUAAAGAAGAAACUGUGGACGAGGCUAACCUGGAGAUCACUCAGCUGCAGGGCCUGGUGGCUGAGCUGCGCGAGGGGCUCCACUCUGCUCUGACAGAGCUCUGCGAGCUGCGUCACAGGGACCAAGGCCUGGAGGAGAAGAUUCAGGCCCAUCAGACCGAUGUGGAUGAUAAGAUCAUGGGCCUCAAGAACUCGCUCAACACCUUCAAGGAGGAGCUGAACGUGGCUUUGCAUGAAAUCAAAGAUGUAUCCAGCAAACAGAAAGAGAUUCAGAGGAGGAUGGAGCUACAGCUACAGGCGGAAAACACCAAUGACAUCAUCUCUCUUCAACAGAGAAAUCAUUCCAAGGCAGACGUGCUGAUGGCUUCAGGGGACGAACAGAUCUGUGUGCCCAGCCAAUCAGAGCUCAGUGUUAUUCAUCACCUGUUCUCCAGUCUGCCACAUAGUGGGUCAUCACCACAGCGAGGCAACACAUUUACACAGACGUCUACCUUUGAGCAGGAGUCUCAGCUGCAGCAGAGAGGUUGUCUGUCCAUGUCUCCAACAUGGGGAGAGAGGAAGUGCAGCAGAGACGACGUGGACACUCUCAGCAGCCAGACUGAAAACAAUAAGAGGCAGAGAGCAGCUCUGGAGCUGCUGGAGUCAGAGCGAGUUUAUGUCUCCCACUUGUCUCUGUUGCUGAAGGCCAACAUCUCCUUCAAUGGAUCAGAGGCGCUGCCAUCCAAAGACAAACGUCCAUUCCCCAGCUCUCUGAGGUUUCUGAUCCAGCAGCACCUCGAGCUCCUCCACACUCUCCAGGAACGCGUGCUCAAGUGCCAAUGGCAAGGCAUUAUGGGGGAUGUGUUCAUGAGGCUCACAAGCAAAGAGAGUGAUUUCCUGGACUUUUACAUUUCCUACCUGAAGGAGCUCCCGGACUGUUUGUCAGUCGUCACCAUGCUUGCCUCCAGCUCCAUGAAAUCGUCUGCCCUCCUGGAGAGUGACAUCAUGGGCGACGAAUCCAAACCAUCACUCCACACUCUACUGCUUCAGCCUGUUCAGAGGAUCCCAGAGUACCUGCUGCUGCUACAGGGGCUGCUGAGGCAGACAGAGGCAGAGCACCCAGAUUACUACCUGCUGCUGGUGUGCAUCCAGCAGUUUCAGUCUUUCACAGCUCAAUAUCACAACCUCCUCCAACACAACCAGGAGCUCCUGCUGCACAACCAGAAGGAGGUGACGAGGUCGACCAUGAAGCAGCUGUUAAAAACAGUGGAGAGUGGAAUUAAAGCAAACAACAUUGGCUCACCGUAUCCAUGCAGCAGUGCCAUGCUGGAACAUGCAAACCAGGCGAAGCACAGCAAACAGCGCCUCCUGGAGCAGAUGCAGUCUCACCGUUUCCAGGACUGGGAGCAGGAUCCUAAACCACAUUGUUACAACACCGAGUGGCCCUCCCACCUAUCGUUCUUCAGUCCUGAUCUGGACUCACGCAGCCAUAACCCAACAGGUCUUGUCAGAAUCCCAGAGAGUGAAGCAUCUGAGAGGUCGUUGUCAUGCCAGCAUCAUCCUCCCUCCAGACCUGCAGACUUCCGUCAGGUUCAGCCUGGUUCUGCUCUGGCUGAUGCUCUUGGAGAGUUCCUUCUCCCUCCAGACCCUCCAGGGAUGGAGAGCCUCUAUGAGGAGGACAGAGGCUCCCUCCACGAUGUCUCUAUGUUUGACCGGUGCUCAUCCGGCUCUUCAGAUUCCUCCAUUGAUAUUGCCUUCGUCAAAUGCCCCAAAGGCCCGUCAGCAUCACGUCACGCAAUGGAAGCGAGUGUGUCGUCCACACAUAAUGUCUUUGGUAACGGUGGAAGUCGAGGCGGCGGUUACAGCAAACUGCCCAACCGAGGAUGUGUGUCCCCAGACGAAGCUAUCAUGAUGCGCCACAAUCAGCAUCGCCCCCUUCAGGCCAGCCAGCGUAAAAGCAAGUCCCUGAAUGGCCUUCAGAUGGAGACCACAGUGAGUGGACUGGAUAGUGGACCUCUGUCAAACCACAUCCAAAGAGCUGGACUGGGCAGUCACGCUAAGCUGGAGCGCCAGGGCAGUAAAGGCAGCAAUCGGUGUCCAACCCCAUCCCGUAAGGUCCACAGUCCACUGGGGAACAGAGUGGACACAGACAAACAGAGCGAUGAUCUUCAUGGACUGCUCAGUACUGACUCUGGGAUCCAGUCUUGGGGGGACGAGUCAAAGUGGAGGAGUGGGACUGAGGAGAUCAACCACUCAGCGUUCAGUGAGAGGAGUCGGAAACAGGACAAAGGAGGCUUCAGGAGCUCGUUCAAGAGACUCUUCAAGAAGAAAAGCAGUGAUGAGAAGAAAGAAAAGGGAGGUGAGAAAACACCAGAGAACCACAACAGCAGUGAACGCGAGAUGCCGGGGAAGAAAUUAGUUCAUCUGGAGAUAAACCGUGGCACAGCUGUAUGAACCUCCCUCUGUCACACACUGGUCAUCCACGCUUAAGCACACAAAAGCUACGUGAACACUUAUCUUACUGUAUAAAUAUUGUACAGGUCUGAGCAGUUUAUUAAAGCAGCAUUUUUUCUUUACAUUUCAUACUGACGUUCAUGAGAAAACACAGUCGUGCCUCUGCUUCUCUCACUGAGGGAAAGUUUUGAUUGUAAUGCCAGAAAGACCAGGUGUUUUAAGUCUGUGUAGAUUACUAAAGUGCGUGUAAAGUGGUAGGAGAAUGUGUUACUAACCAUCUUGGCA